GGAAGUUUAUUAGUCAAAAGUCGGUGAUCGGGCCUGGGCUGAAAGUGAGCCGGCGAAUCGAGCCUGCUUGAUGGAGUUUUCGUCAAUGCAUAGCGGGUAUAAGCGAAGGUGAAUGGCCGAGGAUCGCUGGUCGUCAAAUUUUUUUAAAGGAGAUAGAUGCUCUUUAUAUAGCCGUGAGCACCUCCCUGCCCGAUCAAGCACGUAAUAUCACAUCAUCCUACAGAACGAAUAUCAUUCGCAAGACGCAGCGUAGUAACCAUGUCUCCUCGUACCAUCGACACUAUUCCUUCCCCAAUCCACGUCGAGACUAAAAAGCUUAUAGUGCUAAGCGCACCAAGAACUGGCACUCAUGGCCUGUACCUAGCCUUGAAGCUGCUGGGCUUCAAGCCCUACCACAUGGCCGAAAUCAUUAAGGCCGGUACAACAAGUGGGCGCAUUUUGAACGACGGAUUCUUCGCCGAGCGAUACCACGUUGGCAAGCAGUAUGGACGUGCGGAGUUUGACAAAUGGUUUGCCAACUACGAUAUUAUAAUAGAAAUGCCGUUCUUCAUGCUUCACUCGACACUCAAAGCUUACCCGAACGCCAAAUUCCUCCUGACGGAGCGAGACCCCGAUAAAUGGGCCAAGUCGAUAGCUAACACCAUUGGCAAGAAUGACACAAAUAUAAAAUGCCUCCCAAUGACUGUAGUCAAAUAUUUUGACGGCUUCCUCUACACCAUGUCCCGCAUGAGCACAGGGCUGUUGGGUUGGUAUACCAAUGGCUACGGUAUUACACCGGAAGGUCUCAAAGCCCUCGCUGAGAACUACAAGGAAUACAUCGCCGAAGUGAAGCGCCUCGUUCCGCCUGAGCAGUUAAAGGUAUGUAAACUAGAGGACGGGUUCGGUUGGGAAGAAAUAUGCCCAUACCUUGGAGUACCAAUACCCGAUAUGGAAUGGCCCUCGCUCAACAAACCGGAGGAAUUCCAUGAAAUCAUCAAACCGAAAGUCCAAGCCGCAUUUAGAAACGGGUUAAUCUGCGCGACAUCAGUUCUAGUCCCUAUGCUUGGUGUAGGUAUGUGGUACCUGAGAAAAUGCGGGGUUUCAUUCGCUUAGGGAUCGAUUGGAUGUGCCUUUGAGUCUGUGGACUGAAGGAGAUGCUUGGUUAAUCGCUUGUAAGCUAUGAAUACUUAAUGC